AUGGAUUCCGUGCUCGUCCCGGUCUUAUACGUCGUCGUCGUCUUUGGCAGUCUCUUGGUCUUCAGUUCAUUUUACAGGCAUCACAACGCAAGCAAAGUCUCUGAGCCCUACUUUCCCCCUCAUCGCGAACGCAAUAUCUAUGUCUCUCUUCUACGAAAGACAGACCCUCCGGCUUCGGAAACUCUCCUCAAGGCAGCGCUCGUCCGCCGUGCUAUGACGGACGUCACACGCAUCAUCCGCAUCCGCGAAGACAAGCCCGCCCUCCAGAACCUCCUGCAGAAAGGUUCCAUCGGCGACGAUUUGUGGAACAGUUUACUGGCAGCGGAGAAGGAAAUGGAAGCCGAGAUCCUGGAGGUAGCCGCAGAAGCAAACACUUUCGUCGAGGGAUGGGGCACGGUGAUCUUCCAGACCGCGACCGAAAUGAUGCACAACGAAAAGAUGCGGGGUAUGCUGGAGCAGAAUUCAGCGGCUCGGGUUGAGAAAGAAAAGAAAUAUGGCAGAAGCCGUGUGUCGAGGAACGCGAUCAUGCCCUCUAAUUCCAAUUCAACUUCGCUCUUGCCCAUGUCUUCUUCGACUCAGAUUCCUGCCUCUGCUACGCUGCAAGCUGCUGCUACGGCGCUGCCUGAAACGCCACCAUCUUCCAAGUCCACCAAUGGCCUUAUACCACCCCCAAGCGCGAGCGCUGACAGCGUGGUCUCGAGUGAUGGCGAGGGGCAUUUUUCGUUACCCUCGUCACCUCGAUCGCCGUCGAAAUCAUCGGCCAAAAAGGCGAAGAAGCGAAGGUAG